UCCACUUGAAGUAAUUAAAAAAAAUAAACCUUAGCGUUGGUCAGCAUGUUUGAUCCUACGCAGCACGGCUUGAGCCGUGAUUUUCGCCUCACCAAGUUCUCCACGCUGCGCGGGUGAGGUUCGAAAAUUCCUCAGGAUGUCCUUGACCGGCUUCUCCGAGGAGUGUACAGCGAACAAUUCGCCAGCAGCAGUAGUAGUGUAAAAAAAUCCGACAAUGUUAACAAUGUAGAAGGUGAUAAGAAGAGUACCGCUGAUAGCGCUGAGGGUGUUGGGAUUGGACUCGAUUCAUCCGUGAUACCGUUGAAGAAUGAUUUGCAUUUAGUUCAGACCGUGGACUUCUUCUACCCGUUGAUCGAUGAUCCGUACAUGUUGGGUCGCAUAGCCCUGGCCAACGUGGUUAGCGAUGUGUAUGCCGUGGGAGCGUUGGAGAUUGAUGAAAUCAAGUUGGUCUGUUCGGCUCCGACAGAGUUCAGUGACGAGGAACGGGACAUUGUGGUUCCGAUGAUCAUCAAGGGCUUCCAGGAUGCGGCCACCGAGGCAAAAGCCCGCGUGAAGAUCGGUAGCAUUGCGCUGAAUCCGUGGUGCAUUAUCGGAGGAAUUGCCACGGCCGUUUGCCUCAAGUCGGAGUUGAUCAUGCCGUACUAUGCACAAGCAGGCGAUUCACUGGUCCUGACCAAGCCUCUGGGAACGCAACUAGCCACGAAUGCGUUUGUGUGGAUGAUCGAAGAGUCGGACAAUUGGAAGAAACUUUCCGAACAGUUCACUGCAUCCGAAAUUGAGAAAACAUACGACAUCGCAGUAGAAUCCAUGUCGCGGUUGAACAGAUCUGGAGCGGAGCUUAUGCACAAAUUUGAGGCUCACGCUGCCACUGAUGUGACCGGUUUUGGGUUGUACGGUCACGCCGACAAUUUGGUUAAAUUUCAGAAAGGUAGCAUUGAUUUCGAAAUCCAUACGCUACCGAUAAUAAGAAAUGUCAAGGAGAUUGCGGAAAUCCUGGGAAGAAAUGCGAAGCUGGUAGCUGGGAAGGCAGUCGAAACAUCCGGCGGACUGCUGGUUAGUUUGCCAUCUGCCAAUGCAAAGCAGUUCUGCGACGAGUACGAGAAAGUUUCAGGUCGUGGUGCAUGGAUUAUCGGAACGGUGGUGGAAGGUAGCCGGACGAUCAAAAUAAGUCCAAAUCCAACGAUCAUCAGCGUUGAUUAGCACAAACCGAUGCAGACUGGGUUGAUUGAGAGGGGGCUGGUGUCGGGAGCAGAGCAGCGGCUACGUGUGGUAGAACGUAUGAAGCGGACUUUUAAAGGCAGAAAUGCUGGUAAGUUUGUGAAAGUUUUUCUCCUCGGUAGCUGUUACCUGCUGUUGCUUCCGGU